CCACGUUGUGCGUACGGGAAAUGAAAACAUUGGAAUGAAGUCCCCAAAACAUAAACGUUGUUUCAGCGACCUGUCAGCAACUAUGAAUGAAUUUUAUCGACAGAAUGGAUGAAUACUGAGAUAAAUACGCUCGAGAAUAUUCUUCCGAGAUUGACAUGGAUCGUCAGGAAGGACUACCACCCUUUGAUGUGGAGGAGACGGUUUGGUGCGAAGGUUGUCGAAAACUGAAAAAGGAGGUGACACGUUUGCAGGAGGAGCAUGCCAUCAACUACCAGACUCUGAAGCAGAAGAUCAUCUCCACAGAUUUGCUGAUCCGAAAGUACAGAACCAAAUGUGAAGAAUUUGAUGUCCAGAGCAAGAGAUUAGAGGAUAUGUCAAAGAAGCUGGACCGAUCUCAAUUAGACUGUGAGAUGCUGGAGACGCAGUUAAAGGCAUCGCUGCAGAGCACGGAGCCGCUCAAACAGACCCGCGUUGACCUCGAGGCCAAGCUGAAGGUCAAGGACAGAGAGAUCCUCAACCUGAAGAACAGCCUUGAGGGGGCAGAGAUGAUGAGGAAGCAGUUCGAGGCCCUGAUUGCAUCUAACGAUAUUCUGUCUAGUGAGGAGGACAAGAAACAGAGGGAGAAGAGGAUGCAGACCCUUGAGUCCAGCAAUUCCCGAUAUGCAAACCAGGUGAAAUCUGCUAAAGAUGAACUGAAAUCCUUAAAGUCGGACCUCUCCAAAUCUUCAAAACGUGGAAGAGAUGUUGAAAUAAAACUAAGUAAAUCACUGACAAAAUUGGAAAAAUAUUGGAAGCUUUUGAAGGACAAUGAUUUAUUACCAAAGGGGGAACGGAAGCCGAACAAGGCCAAGAUCCUUGAUGAGUCAGUGUGGGAGACUUCGCAGGAGGAGUUUGAGGAUACAGGAUCACUGAUUGAUGAGGUCGGCCACCAUCUUGAAGCCGCGCCAUCAGAUGACGACGACGACAACAACAAUGAAGCGAAUGAAGACAAUGUAGUGGAUGAUGUUGGUGGCUUCAUGGAUGACGAUGUUGGCUUCAUGGAUGAUGGUGCUGAAGAUGACGAUGAUCCAGAUGAGGAUGACUACCCAUCCAUAGAUUUCCGCUUCACAUUCAGCCCAAUCUGUGCGCCGGUCUCCCCUCUGCCUCCUUCUCCAGUGCCAGCCAAGCAAACGAAGACAAGUUCCUUUGCAAACCCCUCCACAUCAAUAGCAUUUGACAAUGAGGAUUCGAUGGACAUUAUGGCAGAAAGUCUACAAUCUCAACUCCUUGAAGACGUAACUACUCCCUAUACAAAAUCUGUGCGCCGGUCUCCAAGAUUGAGUAGUGGAAAAGAUAGAGGUCUGUUUUCUUCUGCGGAUGAACAAGAUGUGAUCUCAAAAUCGGAAAGCUUUAGGCCAAAGAGAGUCAGGAAACAGAAGAUGCAAGAGAAUAAAUCAGAACAGCCAGGAAAAGGAGCUGAUAAGACGGCCAUAAAGCCAAGUCCACGGCUACAGAGUAAGAUAGACUACGCUGGAACUCAAGCUGAAGGAUAUGAUCUGGAGACCAGUUUGCCAGCUGUUUCAGAUUCGUCGUCGGAGGAGGAGGAGGGGGGGACAGCUUCUUUUGGAAGUAGGAAAGGUUCGUCUCCAUUCCCAGUGCAUAACUUGAUCGAAGACAUGAAGAGGCUGAAGGAACUUGCAGAGCGUACUAAGUCCAGUGAUGAGGAGGAGGAAGAGGGUGUGUUGCUGAAACUGAGACCCAGGAACACCAAGGAGGUCCUGCAACAGAGUUGCCCUCUGGCUGACCGCUCUGGUACAAGGAGUCCGUUGUCCUCAGCUAAGCAGUCUUGUAGUACAGAUGAAAAGGAAAAUGUAACUGAAAAUCUACAAAACAGAUCAAUGACUCCAAAAAAGCCUUUAGGAACAUUGUCAAAAUCCAAUGAGCAUGUGAAGUGUGCAGUGAGUGAUAGUGAUUUGACUGAUCGAGUUACAAGAUCUAUGAGUCAGCCUGUUGAAGAAAAGACAAAGCAGAAUGGACUUGGGGCUCCUCGACCCAAGUCCGCCAUGGCAAAGAUGGAAGAUGGCUUCUUAACACCUACAACACCAAAGUCGAAGAAAUUGCGAGGAAUUUCGCCAAAAAAUGAAACUGUUCUUAGAUCUGUAGAAACUGAGCAGUCACCAAAGAAACAGACUCGCACUCGAACAACAAGCUUGCCUUUAGAUUUGUCAGAUGUUGAGAGUUCAACAUUAAGGAAGUCACCAAGGUCAAGGUCAGAAGCUCUUGGUAGUUCUGACAAUUUACAAUUGAAGAAAUCGUUAAGGUCACAAUCAGUUGAAACUUUGAAUGUUAAAGAUACAGAUAGUCCUGUAAGAGUUCUAAGGUCAAGGUUAAGAGACAGUUUGUCAGACUCAUUAGAGAGUCAAGUCAGCAGUCUCAAACGAACAUGUUCUCCUGUGAAACAGAAAAAAGAUCCAUUUGUUAAGAAGAAGAAGGCCUCAACAGAAGAGCUAUCAAAGCUGGUUCAUGGGACUGAAGUGAAAAAUUCUGUUUCAAAUGUAUCUGAAAUAGCAAAAUGUUCAUCCCCAGAACUGAAAAAGGGUCAUGUCCUAGCAAAGCAACAAACAGACAAUGAUGAUGUCCUGGGGAUGAAAUCGUCUUCCACAGGUGAUGUGAUGGACAUAGAUGGUAUGGAGGCUGUGGAUUCAGGACAAAUGGACACUGAGGUAGCAGACAGGACUAUUGGUGAGAGUGGACCAGAUGCUGAGGGAUGUUUGGAAAGUGUGAAGGCAGCAGGUGCCCCCUGUAAUGCAGGACACACAUCAGGCAUGGACAUCAAGAUAGACUCAAGCCCAGACUCUGUCAAGACAUCCAACCAUGCUGCUGAAAAAAAGCAUUCAUCUUCUGAAAGCGAUAUUUUCUCAGAAAAAGGUCACAAUAAGGACAAUCUGGAUGAGACUUUGAAAGGAUCACCAUCCAGUUCUAAAACAGUUAUAUCAGAUUCAUUCAGUGAUAGCUCUGUGUGUAUGAAAACACCAGUAAAAUGUUCAAAACCAAAGUCAACACCAAGAACAAUGACAUCUGGCAAGGACAGUGGACCAAGUUUCAAAGUUAAAAAAGUAAAAGCUGUCUCAUUGCCAUCUAAGAAAAUGCGUUCUUCAAAGUCUGGCUCUCAAGAACAAUUAGUGUCUUCUGAUUCAUCCGAUACUUCUUUGGAGGAAGACAACCAGAAGAAAAGAAAACAGAGCGCACAGAAGAGGAAGAGUCCAAAGCAACCUGUGAUUGACACAUCCUCUGAGUCGGAGAAAGAUGAGGAUGAAAGAACAAAUGCUCAAGAUUCUGGAGGUCAUUUUGCAUCAGAUUAUUCUCCAGGAUCGGACAAAGAGUCUGAUGAUGAGGACAAACAACCACCUGAAACCAGGAAGACAAAACCAGAGCAAGUGGCAGUCAAGUCUGCUGUACCCUUGUCAUCCUCGGACCCAGAAGCAGAUGACACUGAGAGAUCUGUACAGGUAACACAUGCUCGGAAACCAAAGAAAAAAUUCAGCACCAAACACAAGGGCAAUGGAAAGAAAGACUCUGACAAGGCUACCAGGAACCCACAGAAAGUUUUCACAUCUAAAGAAUUUAUUUCAACCGAAUCAGACAGUGAUGAAAGUGAGAGCAUACAGGCCAAAAAGAUUGAUAAGAUACUUCCUGAUGUUCCAUCUGGGCGUAUUGCAAGCAAAUCAUCUCUCUCUGAACUUAAUAAGGACAGAAUGGGUUUGGUGAAUGAAACUAAACCAAUAUCUUCUCAAAGAGGAAGAGAUAAAUCAAGUCGGAUCUUUAAGGAUAGAAAUUCAAAGCUGAGUUCUCAGCAGGGUGAAAAUAGAGGUACUUUCCCCUCAUUAACUGCCAGUUUUGUUAAGUCAGAUACAGUACUGCCAGGCUCCAGCAAUGAGACGAGAGGGGAUACCGGUCAUGAAGAAGUAGGGGACAUCCCAGCGGUGCCAGAGCCUAAUGCCUUCUCAGAAGAAGGAGAAAAGACUUCUGAAGCAAAGGGAGAAAGUUCACGACCCAGUCCUAUGGCUCCAAAACGACGAGUUCGACCAUCCAAGCAUCGAUACCAGCCCUUAGAGACUGAGAAGGACUUUGUAGACAUAAUUUUGGAAAGAAGACGUGUUACUAGAAGUGCGUCGGACAAAUCUGGCAGCGAGGCUAAACAAUCUGAAGAUAGUGAGCCUCCAGAGAUUGUUAGAAAAGCAGAAGCUCAAAGAAAAACAGAUUUGGUUGUAGAAAAACUUAAAUCUGCCCAUGAGAAAAAGAAAUUUGUAACAAAUUUGGAAAAAUCUAGGCUCAAUGUUUUAAAGAGAAAGUCGGGAACUGAAUCUGGGAAUUCAUCUGAUGAUGUCAAAAGGAAAGGACAGACAGCUCUGGCUGGACCAGAAGUGUCGUCUGCUUCUGAAAUGGAAGGUGUUUGCAGUGUUGGAAAAUCAGAGUCUGUGACAGACAGUGACAUGGACACGAUCCAAGUGUUGGUGUAUCAAGAGAAUCUGCAGUCAUCGGCUUCAGAGAGUGUUUUCAGUAGUCCGGUGAUGUGUCAAGACAACCUGCAGUCAUCUGCGUCAGACAGUGUUUUCAGUAGUCCGGUGAGAUCUGUGAAAUCUCUAGAUCUGACUCAGGACAAAGGCUGUGAUGGUAGCACAAUAAGUCCAUUGAAAUCCGUAGCAGGAGUGACAACUGUUGUAGAAAAAGUGAACAAAGACAAAUUAUCAGUGAAGCCAGUCUCUGCAAAACAUGAUAGUGCUAAGACAAUUCAGGUAAGACCUGAAAGUGUUCCUACAGAAUCUGUGAUCUCAAACAGUGCUGAUGUGACAGAAAAAGAAUCUAAUCCACAGACAAACUCAAUUCAGUCAACAUCUGGCACAGAACCAGUCAUUACCCAACCUCUGCCCACUACACCAGACAGCUCAAGGGGCACAGGCAGUGAUAUAGCUGGCGCUGUUCCUGCCUUACCAGCACCAACACCAAUGAACUCUAGCAGGGCUGUUGAGGUUGAAGCAACAGAAGAUGAAAACACUAUGAAGGGGAGUAUAUGUGGGUCAGAAUCGUCACAUAUUGAUGAACCUGAGACAUCAGUCCCUUCAGAAACAGGGUUGCUGCCAGCACCAGGGUCAGGUUCUACUCGCACUCAAGAAGAGACACAAGGGGAGAGUACACAAAAGGCAGAGAAGAGGCAACUGUCUAGCUCUAGUGUUGACAUGCCCUCAAAGGAUCAGAAUUGUAAAGAGAAUAGAGAUUUAAAAGUGAAUGAAAAUGUCCACAAAGUGGUUGGAAAGGUCCAAGAAGGAGAGCAAGCUUCAUCCUCCAUGACUGGUGGGAUGUUGACAUCACCAUCGCUUGAAAUGGAUGUAGGAAAAUGUCCAAGACGUAAAAGGUUAUUAAGGACAGGUGUGGCCAGCAAGACAGAAGAUGAAACUAACACAGUAGUCAAGGAUGUAACAAGCAAGGACAAGGGUGUAGCAGAGGAUGUGACUGCCAAGGAUGUAUCGGACAAGGGUGUGGCAGAGGAUGUGACUGGUAAAGAUGUUACCAAGGAUGUAUCGGACAUGGGUGUGGCAGAGGAUGUGACCAGUUUGGUCAAGGGUGUGUCCAAGGAUGUAACCAGCGAUGUGUCUGGCAAAGAUGUUGCCAAGGAUGUAAUGAGCAAGGACAAGGGUUUGGACAAGGAUGUGACCAGCGAUGUGUCUGGCAAUGACGUUGCCAAGGAUGUAACCAGCGAUGUGUCUGGCAAUGAUGUUGCCAAGGAUGUGACCAGCAAUGUGACUGGCAAAGAAGUUUCCAAGGAUGUAACUAGCAAGGACAAGGGUGUGGACAAGGAUGUGACCAGUGAUGUGUCUUGCAAUGAUGUUGCCAAGGAUGUAACCAGCGAUGUGUCUGGCAAAGAUGUUGCCAAGGAUGUAACAAGCAAGGACAAGGGUAUGGACAAGGAUGUGACCAGUGAUGUGUCUGGCAAAGAUGUUGCCAAGGAUGUAACGAGCAAGGACAAGGGUGUAGCAGAGAAUGUUAUCAGUGAUGUGACUGGCAAACAUGUUGCCAAGGAUGUGACCAGUGAUUUGACUGGCAAACAUGUUGCCAAGGAUGUGACAAGGAAGGAAAAGGGUGUGGUGAAGGAAAAAACAAAGGAUGUGAGUAGCAAGGACAAGGAAGUGUCCGGGGAAGAAACAAAGGAUGUGACCAUGGACAAGGAUGUGACUUGCUACAACAAGGAUGUUACCAAGAAUGUUACCAUCAUGGACAAAGAUCAUAACAAGGAUGUAUCAAGCAAGCUAAAGGAUGUGACUAGCAAGGACGAAGAUUUAUCUAAUGGCAAGGAUAUGACUAGCAAUGUCAAAUGUCUAACUGAGGACAAGGAUGUGACAAAGGACAAGGAUGUGACCAAGGAUAGGAAUGUGACUAGCACUGACAAAGGUCUAACUGAGGACAAGGAUGUGACCAAGGACAAGGAUGUGACCAAGGAUAAGGAUAUGACCAAGGACAAUGAUGUGACUAGCACUGACAAAGGUCUAACUGAGGACAAGGAUGUGACAAAGGAUAAGGAUAUGACCAAGGAUAAGGAUGUGACCAAGGACCAGGAUGUGACUAGCAUUGACAAAGGUCCAACUGAGGACAAGGAUGAGACUAGCUUUGACAAAGGUCUAACUGAGGACAAGGAUGUGACUAGCAUUGACAAAGGUCCAACUGAGGACAAGGAUGUGACCAAGGACAAGGGUGUGACCAGUGAGGACAACAGCAGGUCCAAGGACAGUGAUGGCCAGGGCGUCCACAGGAAGACGCGGAGGAAGCUGCAGAGGGUGAGUGCGAGUGAGGAGCAGCUACCUCAGGCUGAGUGUCCUGCUGAGGACACCUUGUGUCCCAGGACUAGCAGGAGAACCACUAGAGCUAACCAGCUGAAGAGAGCCAACAUGAAGAGGCAGAUGAGUUUUGAUCAGGAAGAGGCCAAGACGGUUGAUGAACCUUCUACUGUUGAAAAGAAGACAAAGAAGGUGUCCAAAGGACUUGACAGUUUGAGGAAGAGGACGAAGGAGGAAGAAACAGAAAAGAGUGGAGAUAUUGGGGUGAAUGCAACACUGGAGCAGGAUAAAGAAGAGGAAAAGGGACCAGAGGAAGAAAGUUGUAAUACUGUAAUGAAGGCAUCUCAAGAUGAGGAAGAUGUAAAUGCUGAAGAUAGUUUGGUUGUGAAGAACAAAAAGUUUGAGGAGACCAUUAAAGGAAAUGUUGAACAAAGAGAAACUUCAUCAGAAGUUGGACAGGAUGUUGAGGAAGUGGAACACGUACAAGAAGAUGUGAAUUUGAAGGAGGCUUCUGUUGUCAGUCACGAGAGUGUAAGAGCAGACGUCGAGGCAAGAGAUGCGUGUGAAAAGACCCAAGAAGAUGAGUGUGAAAAGACCCUAGAAGAUGGGAAGAAAAUAACAGAUACUGAUGAGAUGUCCGGAUCUGAGGAAGAUUCUGAUGACGGAAGCAAGAGGAAACGUGUAGAAUCCCAAAAUUCAUUUGGAUUUACAGUCAACAAUGCUGAGACCACCAGCUCCACAGAAGGGCCCGGUCUCCUGGACACCUGGAACUUGAUCCCAGAACUGCAGGAACUGGAGGAGGAGGACACAUUUGCUGAAGAUGUGGAGGAGCCCAAGUCCAUCAUGGCAGGGGCCGGUUUGCAGACACCCGAAAGAGUCGCCUCCCCAGAAAUCGUUGCCCUGACCCAGGGGACAUUUUCGUCCAUCAGUGCCUUACUACGUAGUGAGUUUUCCCUGGCAUCUGUAUCCACCACACCGCUGCCACCAUCGCCGAUGAACUUCCUUCGUAUUCGAGAUCCUGUUUCACCGCUACCUCCAUCCCCGACAGGGUCUCUGGAUGACCCCACUCCCCUAACAAAGGGUAAAUCAAAACGAAAGACUUUAACGAAAUCGAAAAAUAGGGCUGAGACCCCACCAACUCCUGAUGGAACAAAGUUUACCAAAAUAGCUCCAUUGGAUGAAGCUGUGUCUUCCAUGUCCUCAGGGACCCAGAGACGAGUAGCACGGCUGGCUCGGCCUCAAGCAGACUUGCCAAAGUUUGGUGCUGACCUUUCCUCAACGACUGUGAAGCCAAAGGCCGUGUACUCCAAGCCUGGGACUGCUGGUCAGGGUGAUGCCACUUUCUUCCCUGUGUUGAGAUCUGCGGAGAUAUCCUUAGCUAAGCAGCAGUUGGCGAAAAGGCUGGAGAACAAGGAGAAGAAAGAACAAGAGAGGAAGACGAGAAAACGGAAAAGUUCAGAAUCGGAGGCUGCACCCCAGAAGAAACAGGUGAUGAAGCAAGAGACACGGAACCUGCCAUCUGUUUCAAGGGUAGAGAGGGUGCUAGAGGAGUAUCUCCAGUCAACAGAUGCCACGCCCAAUUCCUUCUGCAAUACUGUCGUCGGCAAGAAGCUCAAUACAGAUGUUGCCAUGGAGAUCUUCAGGGCCAUUGUCAAGAUGCUACAGACGAGUUGCAGCGAUCAGCUCCCCCUGGUGUAUGCAGCGUGCAGCGCGGGGUCCGACAUAAAGGGGCCAUUCAUGACGGACACGGAGACACGCCUACUAGAACUCAUCACCGCUCUACUGGAGGAGUACAUGGAUUGUCCGCGCCACCAGCUGAUGGAACUCCUGUGGAACUCCAUCUUCCUGCCCUGUGUCGCACUUCCCGGACGUCUGGCACUCUGUCGGAUGUUCACUGCUCUCUGCCGAUGUGAAGGUGACCUUGAGCAGGUGAGAGUCUUCAUCUUCAAGCUGCUGACCAGUGGCUAUCUGGGCUACGUGGAGUCAGUGCUGGCUGUCGUGGGGGUGUGGCCGCUCACGCUCAUGGGAGGGGCAGACAUGCCUCCGAUGAUCCAGGUUGUGCGACACACCAUCCUGGAAGCCGGAACAGCUGAGGGAGCAGACGGCUUUGUGCAGAAACUGAUGAUGUGCUACCAGAAGAUCUGCCAGUGGCCGCCCCUGUCCGAGUCCCCCGCUGAUCUUCUGUCUUCCCUCAUCAACAGACUCAAGCAGUCCAUCAUCACAAAGCAGCAUCAUGGUUGUAUUUAUGAAACCAUGAAGAGUAUUGAGCUGUUGCUAUGGAAACAAGGUUGGAAGUUUGUUUACAUGCACUUCGUAAAUCGCCACUUUAACUCAGUCACUGAUGCCUGGAAAGCCAAGGGAGAUAACUCGAGUGUGGAUCCUCGCUUCCUAAACACUAUGAUCAGAAUAUUUGGAAAUGUGUACCACCUUCCCAAGUUCUCCCACAAGCACAAGGACUUCCUCAAGGUCCUCAAGCGAUGUUUCAUCUCAACCCUAGAACGUCCUACAGAACACUUUGAGGUCCAACUGUAUGCUGCUGAGGUCCUGGCGGAGUUAUCUCCCUUCCACCCCCAGUUCAUCAUGGACGCCCUCGCGGAGUGGUACACGCACAACAGGGUCAUGGUUCCAGCCCAACAACGGACUUACCUGGAACAGACAAGAAAUGCCCUCAUCGCUAAAAUGCCCACUUUCUUCGUUGAAAAAUUUGCAUGAUUGUAUAACAUGUUUUAAAAAAUGUUAAUUUAUUUUGGAAACCAUUAUGACUGCUGUGAAUUCAAUUACAAUUUUGAACGCACAAUUUAUCAGAAACUGCAUAGUAUUUUGAUAUUUUGGAUGUGUGAGAGGUUGAUGUUGGUGUCUGUAUAUAUUGGUUUUUUUGUCAGAGGGAAGUGAUGAUGGAGUUUGUUAUGUACUAGUGUGAAUCUUGAUAGACGUCAGGCCUAGUUCAUGUGGUAUCCCUGCUGACUGGUGUCAGAUACAGAAACAAGUUUUAGCUUACCUAACAUUAAAAUACAAGCUUCUGAUUGGUUAAGGAAUUAUUUUCCUUUAGCCUGCUCAGUGGUGGGGUACAAAUGUCAUGUGACCCACUGAGAAAUCAAUCGGAACACAUCUUAGGGUACUUGCUUACCUCGUAUAAGUAUUGUUUAAUGUCUGAAGUGAACAUAUGUUUAUCCGAAUGUAUUGGGUAAAGGGUAGUAUCUUGGUUUGUUUGCUGCGUCAGCUACGAGUUUUGCAAACACAUAUUUUUUAUGUGUAUGAAUGAAUGUCAGUAAGAUAUAUUCGUUAAAACCUAUGGAUAAAUCUAUCCCAGGGGCAUAUAGUGUGAAGUACCCUGCCGCUGUCUCCAUUAGACUCACACACAGGGUACAUCCCACCAAGACGACUAACGGGAUCAGGUGGUCAGGCUCGCUGACUUGGUUGAUGCUCAUGAUGUCAAUCACUGGAUUGUCUGGUCCAGACUCGAUUAUUUACAGACCGCCGUCAUAUAGCUGGAAUAUUGCUGAGUGUGGCGUUAAACAACAAACAAACAAACAAAAUAUCACAGCAUCUGCCUCUCAAGAUCAGCUGACAACUUAUAAUAUAAUCAGCAUGUUUAUACAUAUACUCAAAUCCAAAAGAAAUGAGACUUUCAUAAUAUGUUCUAAAUGUGAUUAAAACGAAUUGAGUUUUGAAUGACUUGUAUCCAACUUAUGUCUACAAAUUGUUCAAGGUGUUUCCCUCUUCGAGUGCCAACAUCCUGAUAGAAUAAUGAGCUGAUGUUACGACUUGUGGAGUCGAUACUUCAGUACAUGGUCUGCUGUCAACUCCACGCAUAACAAACAGAUGUGGCUUUCAGAGGCACGAAAUGUUUCACAUGUUUGUGAAAGUCGUGUAUGUACAUAAUAAUCUGAGCUGGUUUCAUGGAAAUAGGAUUUUCAUGCAUUGAGUUCAUUGUUGACUGUGAUUUAUUUUAUAUGGUAUUAUUUCUGAUAGUUUUGUACAAUUUUCUAUAAUUUGAUAUUCUAGUUUGUAUAUUUUGUAUAAUUUGUUUUUGUGGUUUUAUUAGCAUGUGAACAUAAAUGAUUUUGUCGAAAAUACUAAAGUCAUAGUAUCUUGAAUUAAGUAAUAAUAUUUUGUAUAUUUUGUGGUAGUAAACUUAUAACUCCAAUACACACUCGAUACAAACUCUGGUCCCAUAAACUGUGGUCUCCAAUUAACGCAGAGUCAUUAAAUCAGGCUGAUGCAUGUCAUCGUAUCCUAAUUUCGUGGAUCGAUGCACAUGAUGUCAAUCACAUGAUUGUCUGGUCCAAACUCGAUUAUUUACAGACCGCCGUCAUAUAGCUGGAAUAUUGCUGAGUUCGGAGCUAAACAACAAAAGACAAACAUUAAAUCAGGCAAGUGAUAUUUCUGUCUAAAGUCAGAUUUCCAUUUUUUAUAUAUGUCCUGUAACAAUGUUUCAAUGUCGGACAUGUGUUUUUGGACUUACCAGUCUUCUAGUCUUUCCAUCUUUUUUUAUCAUUUUUCAAUCACAUGCCUGUUAUAUGAAACAUAUACGCAGGUAUAUCUAUUAUAGGAAAUAUGGUAGACAAUUGGAUCUAAUCAAAACAUGGGAAAGCACAUGGUGUUAUUAUUCUGUAGAUAUAGUAGGUGUAGUGGCUACUGAUAAAUGUAAUACCAAAGGCUUGAACAUAUUCUAGUCAUGCAUGGCUGUGAAUCAGUUUUGCCACGUCAGCAGUUUUGACAUGUGUUUUUCUCUGAUCACAUGAUGAUUGAUAGUUUAAGUAUACUGCAUACAGCACCUCUCAAGUUGUACAGAAGACGUCAUGUGGUUCACACUAGGCCCAUGGCAAUAGCUUUAGAAAUAGGAGAUUUCACACACAGUAUUUCUUGAGUAAUGUUCAAGUUAAAACUGUUUUAUGAUUUUUGAGAGACAUAUUUGACAGAUGACGCUUUUCCCAUGACAAACACAGAUAAACAGAUUUGUCUUCUCAAAACUAGUAGAAGCAUUCGGUUUGCUCUCCAUCUGAUUCUACUGACACCUAUUUUUGUGUUAUAUUUGUGCAAUAUUUUGUAUAUUUGUACCUAGUGCUCAUUGUUGAGAUAUUUUCCCCAUGUUGUAACAUAUGCUUAUGGAUACGUGUACAUACCUGUCUAUUGUAGCGCUGCACUAUCGAGUCUCACCAUUGUCUCACAAUCACAUGUCUGUCACCAUUGUAUCACACAGUUGCAAGUCUGUCACCAUUGUGUAACACAAUUAUGUGUCUGUCACAAUUGUGUCAGACAAUCACGUAUCUGUCACCAUUGUGUAACACAAUCAUGUGUAUGUCACCAUUGUGUAACACAAUCAAGUGUCUGUCACCUUUGUGUGACACAAUCAAGUGUCUGUCACCAUUCGGUUACACAAUCGUAUGUAUGUCACCAUUGUGUAACACAGUCAUGUGUCUGUCACCACUGUGUAACACAAUCAUAUGUAUGUCACCAUUGUGUAACACAGUCAUGUGUAUGUCACCAUUGUGUAACACAAUCAUAUGUAUGUCACCAUUGUGUAACACAAUCAUAUGUAUGUCACCAUUGUGUAACACAAUCAUAUGUAUGUCACCAUUGUGUAACACAAUCAUGUGUAUGUCACCAUUGUGUAACACAAUCAAGUGUCUGUCACCAUUGUGUAACACAAUCAUGUGUCUGUCACCAUCGUGUUGCACUGCAAUAUGUCGAUCCAAUUCUGUCAAACAGCCAAUGAUGAAACCUCUUCAGCAACUGAGCCUUACAAUGUAUAUUGUUGAUUCACCACUAUUGUGACUGUGAUACCUUGACACUGUUGUCUCACUCACUCACUCACUCACUCACUCACUCACUCACAAGAAGCAAAUUAAAUGUGGAUUAGAUGGUCACAAUGUCUACCAAUUCGAGUUUGGUUUUGACAGACGGACAAUACCAACUGUCUCAAAACAUGAACCAUCCUUGAUUAUCCUGUGUAAUAUGUCUCCAUUCUAUUACAUGAAAGACCCAGGGCCCUGUUCCACAAAGCAAUUGUAGCGGUAAGGUGAUCGUAACUCUCACACUUUAACAUAGAAUUAUGACGGUCAUAGCACUACAAUCACGAUGUGGAACAGGGCCCUGAUCCAAUCGCCACCACAGCUUGUCCCAGAAGAAUCCUCGAUUGUAUACAGGAUGCCAUCAUAUAACUCAGCUAUUGCUGAGUGGGGCUUGAUAAACAAACAAACAAAAUACAGUGUACCUAUAAUACACUGGGUAAUCAAGGAGUGGUAUGAACACAAUGCCCUCAAUGUCCAGAUCAUCUUCCGGAGGCUAGAGAGUUACAGACUUUAAAAGUCCAGUUUCCUCCCUUGCUGAACUAGGCUGGAAUUCCUGGGCUCGAUCGUAGCGCCACCAGUGGCUAUUAUGAGAAAUGUCCCU